CAAUAGGCUGUGAUUUUGACAUAUGAACUAAAAUUUUAUUUUAUUUGGGUCCCAUAUCUCCUCUGAAGUGGAAAACAAGACCCACUUUAACUUACCGUGGGAGUGACAUUCAACAUCUUUACAUCACGGUGGGAGUAACAUUCAACUUCUUUACAUUCAUGUCCAAGCACAAAAAACCUCACCUACCCUCCUUGGAAUUCUAUUUACUUAUCUGUAUCUGCAAGUAAAAGUCAGCAAAGACCAGAUAAUGGCUGACGGCAGACAGAAUAAAAGUUUCUUCGCUUCAAAGGUAGAGACGUGAUCUUCCCUUUAACACUCAUCUUGUAUUUGAUAAUUGCUUUACUUUAACUUCAGAAGCCUUUGAUUAAUCGAUAUAUAAAUAUGUGGUCCAACGAAGAUGGGAAUUGUGGCUUAGUGAUUUUAUACCAUGGAUUAUAACAGGAUAAAAUUUGGGUCCAAGUUCGUGUUUUCACUAGUCAUUUUUAUGAUUUUAAGUGAAAACUCAAGUGGGAAUGUAUUUGGUUUUGAGAAUGAGCAAUUUGAAUCGAUGGUGGAGGGAGCUGAGGAUGAUUUAUCAUGUGCUAGGACAAGUUCCGGGAUUUAUGACUUGCAAGUUAAAGAUGGUGAUGAUUGGCCAAUGGUGGAGAAGAAAGGGAACCAGUUUGUUGUUAAUGGCCAACCUUUCUAUGUUAAUGGGUUCAAUACUUACUGGCUGAUGGUGUUUGCUGCUGAUCAAUCUACAAGGGGAAAGGUCAGUGAAGUGUUCCAACAAGCUUCUUCUGUGGGUCUAACAGUUUGUAGGACUUGGGCUUUUAACGAUGGCCAGUGGCGAGCUCUUCAGAAAUCUCCAUCAGUUUAUGAUGAGGAAGUUUUCAAGGCCCUUGAUUUUGUUGUAAGUGAAGCAAAGAAGUAUAAGAUCAGGCUCAUAUUAUCAUUAACCAAUAACUGGGAAGCAUAUGGUGGCAAAUCACAAUACGUUAAAUGGGGAAAAGCUGCUGGCCUUAAUUUGACUUCGGAUGAUGAAUUCUUCUCCCAUCCUACUCUCAGAAGCUAUUAUAAGGCCCAUGUUAAGGCUGUGCUCAAUAGAGUAAAUACUUUCACAAACAUAACUUACAAGAAUGACCCCACUAUUUUUGCUUGGGAAUUGAUGAAUGAGCCUCGAUGCACCUCAGACCCUUCUGGUGACACAUUGCAGUCAUGGAUACAAGAAAUGGUGGUCUAUGUGAAGAGCCUCGACGCAAAGCACCUGGUGGAGAUUGGAUUGGAAGGAUUCUAUGGUCCCUCAGCCCCUGAUAGGACUCAGUUUAAUCCAAAUUCAUAUGCUACACAAGUUGGAACUGACUUCAUAAGGAACCAUCAAGCUCUUGGUGUUGACUUUGCUUCUGUUCACAUUUAUGCAGACUCUUGGAUUUCUCAAACGAUCUCUGAUGCUCAUAUCCAAUUCACCGAAUCAUGGAUGGAAUCCCACAUAGAGGAUGCUGAGAAAUAUCUGGGAAUGCCAGUUGUGUUUGCUGAGUUUGGUGUAUCUACAAAAGAUCCUGGCUACAACUCAUCAUACCGCGAUACACUUUUUACCACAGUUUACAAGACUCUCUUGAACUCAACCAAGAAAGGAGGCAGUGGCGCUGGGAGUCUUUUGUGGCAGCUGUUCCCUGAUGGUACCGACUACAUGGAUGACGGGUAUGCAAUUGUUCUUUCGAAAUCUCCUUCAACAUCAAACAUUAUAUCUCUUCAUUCAACUAGAAUUGCCAUGUUCAACAGCAUGUGUUCUUGGAAAUACCAUUGGGGUUGUAAGAAGAGAAAUUCUCUAGAGGCUUUCCUUUACCAUGAUGAUCUGUAAAAUAGUAUACAGGAAAACUCUAAUAUGAAGGGAAAGAAAAUAUAUAGUCAUAAUAAAAAUAUGUACAGGUUUGCUUAUGCAGAAUUAUGAAUAUAUAAAUACAUAGCUUUUGAGUAAUGAGGGAGAAAAAACAAGAGCCCCAGUGGUGUUAUCUAUAGCAUACUUACUGACUGAAUUCUGUAUGCCAUGAAUAAGGCGUUCUGGUUUUUCUCA